AAAAUUUGGGAGCAGGGCAUUAAAUUAUAGAUAAAUAACAAGAGAGAAAGAGAGAGAGAGAUACAUUUAUUCAUUCAAAGAACCGCAUGUGAUUUCUGAACCGCAAGUUGCAGACCACUGGUCUAUGUAAUGGUAAUUCAUAAGCUAAUCCAAGGACGCGCAAACUGAUCAACCUAUUUCGUGAUAAUAAUAAAUUAUAAAGAUGAGAAUUGAGAGACGGCAAUCUCAAUCCAGGUUAGAGUUAGAGGUAGAGUAGAAUAGAAGGAAGUAAGAGCAAUUUAAUUCCUUUCACCUUAACUCUCUGCAGUCUGACGUUUUUUUCACAUUUCUUAAAAAUCUUAAUGUGAUUUUUUAAAAUAAUUAAUUAACUGAUCUGAAAUAGCUCUGAUCUGAUCAGUUAAAUAUAUUAACUUGUUCAUCUUUGACUCAGCUAUCAUAAGAUAUUUUUUGUAUAUUUUAUUUUCUUAGUUAUAAAAAUAAUUGAAACAUUAUUGGAGAAUUAUUUUUUUUCAUUUUAUGCAAAAAUUUGACCAAAUCUUUACACAGUAUGAAGGAAAAAAAAAUCCUUGUUAUAAAAGAUUUAAAAUUUAUUUAAAUAAAAUACUUCAUCAACUUAUACAAUUCAUAGUCAAACAUGACAAAAAUUCUUUGAACAAUCAAAAAGUUGUCAACAUUUUAGCAAAACCUAUAUUUUGUCUUUUUUUCCUAAAAAAUGCACUAUAAUUUUUCUUUUAAUGAAAAUUAUGUUUUGUAUGUAAUAUAUUUUAAAAAAUGGGUCUCAUAGCUUAUAGAUUUGUAUAUUAAAUAUAUUUCUUAAUAAUUCUUGAGUAAAAGAUGACUAAGUAAAAUUUGAUGAAUAUAUAAAUAACUCAAAACAAGAGUCAAUUUUUUUUUUUUUAAAUUUUAAAUAGCGGUAUUCGCUGAUGUUAAAGUUAAAAAAAAUUAAAAUGUAUCAGUACAAUAAUGCUAAUUUUGAUAUUAAUGUCAAAUACAAUCCAUUCCUCACUAAUGUGAUCUAUUUUUUCCCAUGUACCGGCAUUUUUAUAUAUCUUUGUUAUAAUCCUCACAUAACACAGGCUGAUAAACUACAGUAUUCCUUAAUUAUAUUUAUGGACUCUGAACAAAUAUUAUUUCUUAAAACAGUCUGCAGUUUUAUUAUAAUAAUUAUAUUUGAUAAAUAAGAGCUUGUCCUGGACUUGAUUUCUACAUAAGAUUAGGUAAGAUUUUUCACCACAGAAUAUUCACUCAAUAAAGAACCUGUGGAAAAAAAAAAUUUGAUUGAUUCAUAAAUAAAUUAACACUAAUGGUAUCAGUAAUGGUAUGCUAUCAGUAAGGGAAAAUACCAUUAAUCCUAGUCCAAGUGCCUAAAUUAGUAUAAAAGUAAACCAUUGUACAUAGAAAAUACAUUAUAACAUAUGUUAUAACAAUAUUGUGAGUUUAUUCUUUAUGCAUUUUGCUACCAAGUGAUUAGAUUAAAACUUACCACCACUUGUUUUUAGGGUAAAAUCUUCAAAGAUAUUCAUCCAGUAACUCUGUAACUCAGUAAAAGGGUGGAGUCCAGGCUUAAUAUUUAGGAUCAAUAAGGAAUAAGGGCUUCUUGAUCCAAUAUCUGCAUUUUUGUCUCUCUCUCCUCCUUCCCAAUAGAGUUAGAGAGCUUUUAAUAAAAACAUAAAUGUUUUUUUUUUUAUUCUGCCGACAGUAGUCUCUACUAAUACUAGUGACUAGCGAUAAUGAUAAUUAAAUUUAAACACAUUUCUACUAUGCAAUAUUAGAAAAUUUAGAAGAUUAUUCUUGGCUGUAACAUAUUUUAAAGAAAUAUAUUUAGUUAAUAACUCAGAAGUCCUUAACUUUAAAUUUAUUUAAUUACGCAAGUUCCAAUCGACCGAAAUUUUCCGCUAUUUUUUUAAAAUAUUUAUUUCGCAUAGCGACGCUAUUUAUUUAUUAUAUAAUUAUUGAAACUCAAUAUAAUUCAAAUAGAAUAUAUCAAUGUAAGUAUAAAUGGAUAAUAUAUACUUCAGCCAAUUAAAAUUAUAAAAUUAUCACUUUAUUGUUUUAUUAUUAAUUUUAAAGUCGGGAAAUGAUAAUUAAAAUUAAGCUUACUUGUUUACGAUAGCAUUAGUCGGUACUUUUAUAUGCAAAUCGUGAUAAAUUUCAUGAUUAGAGUCUCCAUUUGGAUACAUUGCUUUAGACAAACAAAUAACUCCUUGAUAAAUCGGGAAAUUAAAAUCAUUUGACAAUAUUCAUACUACUAUUUAAUUUUUUUUGUGAGACUUAUAUUUUUUGUUUUUUUGGAAAUCUGCGAAGCUUUCAAGGGAUACUCCGCGCUGAAUAAGUUUCCAAAAAUAUUUUUUUUAAAUAGUAAUUUCAAAUUUUGUAAUAAUUUUAAUUUUUUUACAAAUUUUUAAACCAAUGAAACAAAUUAUUAAAAUAUAAUAAAUACUUUUUUUCAAUAAAAAAAAAAGUUAAAAAAUAAAUAACCCACCCACAAAAUCUAUGGUACUUAUAUGUACCAUUUCUCUAUAGUCGGACUGCAGAGAGUUAAUGCGAUUUUUAAAAUUUCAGUGUUACAUGCAGAAUUUGUCUCAAAAUUUGAAUGCAACAAAUAGCCCAUAGCAAUUUAAUUCCUUUCACAUUAAUGCGAUUUUUUAAAUUUCAGUGUUACAUGCAGAAUUUGUCUCAAAAUUUGAAUACAACAAAUAGCCCAAAUGGGCUAUAUGUUUUAUCACAAUAUCUUUAUUUUAAAACUAUUGUCCCAUUACUUUUAUUUUGGUAAAAGUGCAGUUCAGGUGCGUAUAUUAUUUCUGUUUGAAUCUCUUAUUUUCCCGUGUAAACUUAUGUUAAUUCUUUAUAUAAAAAGUAUUUUAAAAGUUAUAUACCAUCUUUUUAUUGGAAUACAACAACAAUUUAACAAUUUAACAAAUUUUACGAGAUAAAAAAAGUACAUUUUUAUGAAUCUUUCGUGUUUUACGGAGCCAUUGUGGUAAAUCUGUCUGGGGCUGCAUUCAGAAAAAAACAUCUGCUACGUCCUUUUAGUUCACAUUGUUAUUAAAGGAAAUGUCAACAACAAAACAACAACACUAUAGUAAAAAUAAUAAUAAUUAAUUUGUCUCCUAUUAAAAACAAGUAAAAUAACUUAUGUAAACCUUUCAUUUUUCCCGUUUUCCGAUGGCACCCGGAAGGCACAUGAUGGGAUCCCAAACCCGAUGUGAUUCCGAUAGAAUCCUGGUCAAGGUGGGAUCCCGAUCCCGGUAAGAUACCGAUCCCAGUGAGAUCCGUUUCCGGUGUUAUCCCAAACUUAAUGAGAUCCCAAUCCGGUGGGAUCCCGUUUCGGUGAGAUUCUGAUCCCGAUAGGAUUUUGAUUCUAGUGAGAUCCUGAUCCCGGUGGGAUCCUGAUCCAGUGGGUUACCGAUCCUGGCGGGAUACCGGUUACGGUGAGAUCCCGUUUCGGGUGAGAUCCCGUUUCGGGUGAUAUGCAGAUCCCGGUAAUUAUGGGGAGCUCACAUACUUGACAUACGAACCCAGCUUACAAGCCACAUUGCAAUUGUUACGAGCGCCUUAGGAGAAAUUCCAGUUGUAUUAACGUUAUUUGUUGCCCCACAAGGUGCGCAUAUAAACCAAAUGCUGCACCAUUAAAAAUGCCUGUUGCAUGAACAAUUUUAGUUAUUGUUUCUUGGUCGUCCUGCCAUUUUAAACAAAAUGAUCCUACAACCAGCAAUACCGCAAAGCCAAAACGAGUCAGUCUUAUAAUAUAAUAAAAUAAUCACUAGCCCUCACUUUACUCAGCGCAAAUCAGUCACCAGUAAUAAGCGCAUUUGCAUACGAAAAAAGAGGAGGGGUGCUCAAAUUAGAGCUGACCAAUCACGGACAGCGUAUUAGCAGCCUUCAGGGUGAUCAGCUUCACACCAGGUCCAGGACAAUGAUGACGUGGGUGUCCACUGCUUAGUCAGUGAUCCACUUCUAAUCUCCCCCACCCCCCCUCCCCCAACCCGACUUCAAAGGACAACCCCUAUAUUCCGAGCUCUCUGAGAGGGAAAAAAAAGAAAGGGGGGGGGAGGGGGGCUUGUGCAUAAUGAAAAAUCUAGUAUUUCAUUCUUUUUUGUGAACAUGCUUAGUUUGAAAAUUUCGUUUAGCAUACUAACUUAUAGGUGGCUAAAAAUCUGGCAUAGCGUAAAAAGAAAAAUACAAACAAAUGGGGGCUGUGUCACUUUGGUUGGGGGAUGUUUAAAGACUCUUUAGAAGUAAAAUAAAAAGAAAAGAUGCGAUUAAUAAUUCAGAAUUAGUUAACUAUAACUGCCUGUAUUAAAUUAUUAAAGAAUACACGUAAGUUUAAAUUUUAAAAUACGAAAAGCGCUAAGAAAUAAUAAACGCACCUGAACUGCACUUUUACCUUAAUUUUAAUAUUAUCGAGUAUUCAAAUUAAGAUUGUUGUGACCCAGCUGGAGAUGAAAAAUAAACUUUUUUGGGGUAUAAUUUAAGUGUUAAAUAGAUUUUCACAAAUUAAUCGUAACCUUUUGAAAACAUUCUUUAAUUGUGUACUGUUAAAAACAAAUUAAUUAAUUUUCAAGAGUGUCUUUUAGGAACAUUUCUCUUAACUUAACUGAAUGUAGAUUGAUGACUGUAUAAUAGUAUUAGCAUUUAAAUUGAUGUCACUGUAUGUAGAUGGAUAUGCAUGGCUAAAUUUUCAUUUUAUUUUUCUCUUCUCUGUUUUCAAAAGGUCAGCAAGUCAUGUCCCACAAAAAAGGAGUUAAUAUUUGUGCUAAGAGUGCUUUACACCUGCUUUAUAAAUAAUUUGUUUAUGACUGAGCAUUUCUUAAAUUACAGAAUAAAUCUUAAAGAGCAAGUUAUAUUGACAAAGAAUAAGACACAGCAAAUAAAAAAAAAUGACUGCUAUUCCAGAUCAGGUAAUAAAUCUUUGGUCACAAAAUUUUAAAAAAAAACAAACUUUUUUUCUUCAUGUUAUUCUUCAUGUGAUAAAUUAUAAAAUUAUGACUUAAAAGUGCAAGUGUUCAAAAUGGUUUUAAAAAUACAUAUGGUGCAAUUGCUAUAAUUUUACUUUAUAGACAUAUCUGGUACUAUUUCCUUUUUUUUAAUUCUCUAUUCACAAAUAUACCAAUGCUUAGCUUUCUUUUCACAGGAAUUGGACUACCACUACUCUCCACGGAGAUGGUCCCACAGAAUGGCUCCAGAGGAGGUUAUUGCAGCCCAUACAGAAGCUUUAGCUCAAGGUUUGUGUCAUAAACUUUAGGCAUACAGCCAGUCAAAAAUCUUAAAGUGCAUGAGUUGAUAAAAAACUUUUGGAAACCUGAUACUUUAAUGUACUUUUAAAACGAAUAAGAAAUAAAUUUGCUGAAGAUUUGUUGGAAAUUCAAAAGUAAGGAGUUAAUUUGAUUAAUAAGAGAGUAACAGUAACAUAGUAUUAAAAUACAAAUAGGCCCAACAUCAUUUAAGAUGUUAUCAAAUUAGCUUGUCAUUGUCAGUGUUCUCUUUUAAAAAAAUUCCAGGUAGCAGAAACUCACUUUGGACACUUGAUUGUGAAACCGAAAUAAGUUACGGAGACUCAGAGAAACAGAAGUUUGAUAUCUUCAAUAAGAAAAAUGCUUCAAAGAAUGGUUUGAUUUCACUUCAUUUAAUUCUGAUUCUCACCUGUUUAAAUAUAUCACCACACUUAGUCUUGUAUGUCACCAGCAUCUGCCAAUACCCAUCCGCCCAUAUAAGCCAGAUUCUCACCCCUGAAUAUAUCACCUCAUUUAGUCUUGUAUGUCACCAGGAACUGUCAAUACCCUUCUGGCAAAUAAAUCGCAAACACUGUGACUGUGUUUUUAAAAAAAACCCACAAAAACACUUUGUUUGAAGGUAACACAACAAAGACCCAACAAAAAAUUCUGCUAUGUUUUAUUUUUUGGAUUGAUAUCCAAUUAUGUUCAAUUGGAUUUUUUAAAACUUUUGAUAAAAAUAAAAUGUAAAAAAAUAUAAAUUAAGUUUUUUUUUUGUGGUAUUUAAUUUUAUAGGCUAUAAAAUGUAGAAGGAACAAAAAUUAUACCUCCCUUUUUAAAAAAUGAAAUAUACUUAUUGAAUAUUCAUACCACAUUUUUCCUUUAGCUCAAAUUGUCCCUUUUCUUAGAAUGUCUUACUUUAAUUUUGAUUGGUUUUCUAAUUCUGUGCAUACAUGCCAACCUUGGGAUCAAAGUACAAUAAUUCCUACAAAAAACUGUACAAUUAGCAUGAAAAACUGUCAGAAAAAAAUGAAAACUUGAAACAUAAUAAAUAAUUUAUAACCUUUUUGAUCAUUUUUUAUCUGUUUUGAAUGCAAUUUGUAAAAAUGGACUCAGGUGAUGAAAUUUAUAGAAAUUUAGAUCCUAUUAGACAUAAUUUUUCAUUUAAUUAUGCUAGCUAUAGUUUACAGAUUCCUGUUUAAAUUAACCUAGUAAUAUAUCAUCACAUAGUGUUGACAAAGCUACCGAGUUCAGUUUACAGUCAACAUUUGAACUAAUUUUUCACCAUAGGAUACUUGAGGAAAAUUUCCUGAGGGUAUAGGAUUUAAAAAAAAAAACUCAAUGGGCUAUGUUGAUAGAAUAUUAUGCCAUUAGGAAGUUUCCAGUUGGAAUAGAAAAAAGAUACAAAAAGAAUACAAAACAAUAAUAAUAUAUGUAGAAUUCUCACUGAUUUCUGCUUUAAAUAACAUAUACAAUAAAGGAGAACAGCCUUAUUAAAAGCAGAUAAUACAGUUUUACGCUGUCUUAGUACCGGUAUUAAGGAAUGACAUUAGUGAGACCGCGCUCAGUUUCUAAAUUUAGAUGGCCAGUGAGAUUUAAACUUCCUGUUGUCAAACAUUGAAUUUAUUGCACCGCCAGUUUUGAACGUGUGUCUUGCGGAAAAAUUAUUUAUUUUCUAAAUCCAAUGAAAAACCGCACAAGAAUCUCUCAAGCCGUCCAACUUGGCAAACAUUUGCAUAUAUGGCAUCCUAAGAAAAUUAUGUGUGAACCGUACAGGUUUGCUUGUGCGAUUCCUUGUUAAUUUCAUGAUGUAAUUUCAACUUAUUUCAGGAGCUCCCAUAUUUGCAUAUAUCCAUGGUGGAUACUGGCAAGUUAAAGAAGUAAGGUAAAUGAAAACUCACCCUUUCAGAAAUCUCUUCAUUCUCAUAUACAUCCUCUCAGUCUACCAGUCAUCCUCUUGUAUAUCAUUCACCAUCUCAGUUUAUCAUUCUCUCUCUCAGUUUAUCAUUCACUCUUUAUUAUUAUCACAAUGCUAUUCAGGCUUUGUAACUUUUUAAAACCACUUUCGUGAAGUGGAGAUUUAGACUUAAAAAUCAUCACUAUAUUUCUCAAGCAUUCAAAGGAUAUUUAAAAAAAAAAUAGCAAUGCUUUUUUUUCCUUUUAUAUUUCUGCUCCUAGUCGGGAAAUUUCCAGUUUUAUGGCAGUGCCUCUGUGUAAUGCUGGCGCCAGUGUCAUUAGCAUAGGUUAUGACCUAGCUCCUGAUGGUAAAUAUUGUGCAAAUUUAAAGAAUGGCUGUGUGGUCAGUUAUUAUUGGUCUAAAUGUGACCCAUUAAAAUCCUGGAGGCAUAACUUAUAUUUUACAUUAUAUUAAUUUUUUUAAUGAUUUAAUCUCAAAUAUUAAAGUUCUUGAUUUUAUAACUUCUAUAAGAAAGAAAAUACAAAUACAAAAAAAAUAAAAAAAUUAAAGGAAUGAGCCGGGGAAAAGUCACUGAAUAAGCUGAGAAUGAAAGCCAGUCUGACAUGCCAGGAAAUACACCAGAUUUAUUUAUAACAAAUCAAAUUAUACAUUAUACGGGGUGCAAAGAGAAAUGACCAUUAAAUUGAGAAUUAUUUUCCUCGUGGUCACAUGCGGCAAUCAUUUGGUAAUAUUAUGGUUAGAUGGCAGUGUUCUUUUAUGAUGUGAUGGCAGGGUUGAUUUCAAAGUUGAUGUAAAUUUUUAAAAAUAAACUUGUAUAAUCCUCCAGUAUCAUUAAACACGAUAGUGCUCCAAAUAAAACGAGCUCUUUGUCUUAUCAUCAAGAUAGCUAAGGAAAGACAGAGCAGGUAAAGUUGAGAAGCCUUUUUCUUUUUAAACUAACUUUCUUUUUGCAUUUUAACUAAGUUGAAAAAACUGAACAGUAAAUAAUCUAAAUGAAACAAUAAUCGAUUUGCAAAUUUGGUCUGAAAUUAAACACAAAACAUUUUAUUUGAAUGCAUCAAUUUAAUUAGGGAUCUUGUUAUUCACUUCUCAUUUUGUAACCAAAGUCUUCUAUUUCAAUACUAUUUUUUGGCCUUGUUCUGGAGGUAUUUAUUUUCUUGUUGCUUACUAUUCUCAUAUAAACAUUUAAAAAAAUACAUUUAAUGGAAUUGCCUUCAAAUAAAUUUUUGUGACGGAUUAAGUCUUCUCCAUUGUGUUUUUAUUCUUAAUCCAUUUGAAAUUCAUUUUUACGGAAGUUCAUUUAUUACUAAUCAAGAACCAGCUUAACGUAAAAAGAUUUUUGACCAGUCCAGAGUCUUGAUCUAUGUUUGUUAAUAACCUAGACCGCCUAUAUAGAAUGGAUGCCUUUAUUUACAGUGGUAUCUACUUGUCUGGGCACUCUGCUGGAGCACACAUGGCAGCCAUGAUGUUAAUGGCAGACCUUGAUGGUUUUGAUAGGGAUCUGAUCAAAGGUGAGACUUCACAAGAAUUCUGGGCAGGGAAUAGUCUGGCUACCUCAUUGGUGGCUUAGGAGACAUGCAGUUGGAUGAACACAGACAUUUUCUGAUGCUGUGGGCACAAUAAUAAGAUGAAAAAAUCAUGAAUGUAAAUUUGUAUGCAGACUUAGUGUCAAGUGCUUGAAAAAAUUAAGUUAGGCUUUGAUUUUGAUGAUAUUUAUGAUAUUUAACACAAUUUCAGCAGAAGGAUAGUUGCUGACUGAUGUCUAAAUAAUAAUAUGUUGUACUUUGUUACAGGUGCUGUUCUCAUUAGCGGCGUGUAUGAUUUGAGGCCCUUAGUUAAAACAUCAAUAAAUGAGCCAUUAGGGUUAACAGAGUAAGUUUAAGUUUGACUCAAUGUGUUUUAGUGCAAUUUUAAGCUUUGUAAGAUUUUUUGCUGUCUGUAUUAGAAGUUAUAUGAACGUAGUACUAAAACUUUUUUUUGAAUAAAGUGAAAGAAAUUAUUUUGAACGUAACUUAGUACUGGUAAUUGUAAAAAGAAAAUAUUUUUUUAACUUUCUCACUCCCCCCCUUUUUUUUUCUCUUCUAAAUUUAAAAAAUGAUGUUACGCACUGCUAUCUGUAGGGAGAAAUUAAUCUCCUAUUUACAUGUGUGGCUUGAUCCAAAAUAGUGCAUAACAAAAGACAAUACCAAAAGAUAAAAACAAUAACAGAGAAAUACGAUACUCGGAGCAGGGCUAAUUACAAUUAAUAAGUUUUAUUAAGCUAUAAAUAAAGUACAAAAGUCAAAAAGAAAUAUAAUUGAAAACUAUUAACUUACAGUAUAUUGUGUGGCUGGUAACAGUACAAUGUCCGAAUAAAACACAUUGUGCAAAAAGGUACAAAUAAUGAAUGGAAUGGCUAUUAUAAACAAAGCACACACAUUUUCUAAAAUAACUCGCACACUGUCUGCACCUCGCGCAUUGCAGUCUGUUGUGUCAUUCAACCACUCGCCGUAUUGAUAGUCUAUUCCAUGGGAAAUAACAGACAUAUUACACAUUAUAUUAGUGACUCAAUAUUCGACAAUUUUAUAUCAAAUUCGAGUCAACAGACGAUAGAUCAAAGGGAGUAAGCCACGCCCUGUACUAACGCAGGCUAAUUUAGGUCAGCUUAAGGCCAUUCACCAGGAAAUGAUUAAAUAAGAGUAUAAUAUAGAACACCUAUAUAUAACAAUGAAAAUGAUAAUUUUGUUCAUGAUUAUUUUAUGAAUAAACUAAAUUUCCCUCAUCUUAAGUGAUGUUUUAUGAACAGGGUUGAUGCUUGGCGGUUAAGUCCUCAUCAGUUUGUGCAAGAGAUCGCACAUCAAUCUCAAGACCGUCACAUUGUUGUUGCUGUGGCUGAAUAUGAUCCUCCAGAGUUUAGACGCCAGAGUGGAGAAAUGGAGAUGGUAGGACAAGCAUCUUACUUGAUAGAGUAAAAGAGUUGGAGGAAAAAAAUAAUUUAAAAAAUUAUCUAUUAACUCUUUACAUUCCUUGAAUUUCAAAUUUUUUUCAUGAGAUUUCUAGUGACCCUACAAAAUAGUCAAUAACUUUCAGAAUACAUGUCUGAAAAUCAUGAUGUUAUAUUAAAUUUGUGUGGAAAUGCAUGAGGCUUCUAUAAAUGUUUCUUUCUAAACUUAGAUGAAUUAGACACACAAACAUUUUUGAAAAUAAAAAACACUAAGUUCAGCUUUAAUUAUGAUCAUACAGAAUACAAAUAUAAACGUUUCAGCAAAUGCCUUCAUCAGUACAAAAAAAAUAGCAAAAAAUUCAUAUAAUUAUAAAUUAUGUUUACAUAAUAUAUUAUAUACAUGUAUCCUACCUAAAUUAUCUUCCUCAGAAUCACUUUAUUACGGUUCUCAGUUACCUUCCUCAGAAGAUUCAGAUAGAAAUUGAGUGAUAUAUUCACCAGUAAUGUUCAUUUUAAUAGCGAUUGCACUGUGAUGAGGAUUAGCGCUUGACAAAAAUGUUCCUAAGAUGGUGAUUCUCGCUUUGGCCUGUCGCGUGUAUCUUGAACUCCCAAACCUUUUAGAAGCAUUAAAAUGUUUUUAACUAUUUUUUAAUAUAUUAUUUAUCUGUAUGAUGAAAUAAACAUAGAAUAAUUAAAAUAAUAAAAAAGGCAACAUUUUAUGAGUGAAAACAACCCAAGCACCAUAUAUAAUGUUGUGUUCUCUAUGUAAGGGGAAUGAAAAGAGUUAACUGACGUAUUUAUUAAGUUUUCAAAAAUAUAUUUUAGUGAUAGAUUAAAUAACUGAUUGAUACACAGCUACGUAACACAUGAUCAUGACCGCUAGUAAUUUUAAUUUUAUUUAUCAUUUGUUUUUUAUGUAAAACAUUAUCAACAUUACCAUUCUCAUUUAUUAAUGAGUUUCUAUGAGUAAUGUAAAUUAAAUCUCUUCACCUUUCAGGCGCUGAGAAAAUUUGGAGUGAAAACCAGCUAUUUGGAUGUACCUGAUACAGACCACUUCAAUCUUGUUGAUAAGCUUACGGAACCUAAUUUUGUACUCACCAAGGUAAAGGUCACUCCUAUUCCUAUCCCAUGUUGUUAUAUCUCUGAAAAAAUGUGAAUAAAAAGGGAUGUUAGGAAAACUAACUUUGACCAUUUAUUUAAACAUUGUAGGGGGUCAACAUGUGAAUUAAAGCUCCAAGUAAGUUGUAUAUAAUAUAUAUGUAUAUGUGUGUGUGUGUCAUUUUACAGGCACUUAUAUAGACUGACUUAGUUUUACUUUGGAAAUAGAAGAACAGGGGUACAUCAGCGGUUCUCAACCUGUAUGUCUUUCUCUUUCCCUGUCGCUCUAUCUCUGUUAGUUUGUAUUUCUCUCUCCUUGUUGCUCUAACUCUGUGUCUGACUCCCCUGAACUCUCUAUCUUCAAGUGUCUGUCUUGCUAUAUCUGUCUGUUACUCUUUACUAAAUUUACUCUUAAGUUCAUUCAUACAGUUACAGCUACUGCUAGAGAAAAUAAACUAGUUACUAAUUUUGGGCCAAAAUUGUAAGAAGCACAGCAGUGACAUCAGAAACUUAGAAACUAUGAUUUUAAAUCUGAUUUUCAUGUUAAAUAUAUUUUUUAAUGAUAGUUACAGACAUGAACCAUAUUCUUAUAACUUAUAGUUUAAACAAAAAGGAUAUGCCUAAAGGGUCAUUCGUAAAUUAUGUAAUAUGUCACGCUGAAAAUGACCUUUUUAGACACCACCUCCAACGUGUCACGAAAUGUAAAAAAUUCUCCCCCCCCCCCCCCUCGUGUCACGUCACCUAAAAAAUUCAAAACAUACAUAAAAUUUUCAUAACUAAACUAAGAUUAUAUAUUAUUCUUUAACAUUUUCCCAUAAUGCAGCAGUUCUAAACCUGUUGGCCGCGACCCCUUUAUGGGUCGAAUGACCUUUUCAAAGGGGUCGCCAAAGACAAUCGGAAAACGCAUAGCCUCUACAGUUAUGAGGUACCAACGAAAAUAAUUUUAUGAAUUGGGGUCGCCACGACAUGAGGAAAUGCAUUAAAGGGUCGCGGCAGUAGGAAAGUUGAGAACCAAUGUCAUAAUGGAUUAAGAUGUAGUAUUAUUAGAAAACAGAGUUUAAUGGUACCUAUAAUACCUGAGUCAAUUUCGACCUCAAAUUAUCGUUUUAAAAAUUAAUUAAAGUAAGAUUUCUUUUCAGAAUUUGAAAAUUUUAGAGGUAAAAAAAAAAGUGCCAUCACAAUUUUUUGACACCCCCUCCCCUUCCCCCUCUCACAAAGUGUCGCAUAUUCUCGAUCCACCCCUCUCAGAGCGUGACUUAAUUUGCCAACCACCCCUAUAAUGUGAACAUUUACUUAUAAAAACUUAUAAUGAUCAAACCUUGAUAGACUACUACAAGGGAAAAAAACGGCAGAGUCCAUUUUGACUCCACUCUCUACAAUAAUGAAAUAAAUCAUGUUACAUUCAAGACUAAAUUACUUCAUCUAUUUAAUAACUCAGGAAAAUGGACACUCUUGUGAAAUGCAUUUUAAAAAUUCUCUUCAUAUAUAUAUAUAUAUAUAUAUAUAUAUGUAAUAUAUAUAUGUAAUCUUCAUGAAUAUAUAAGUAAUUUUACAAACACAUAUAUAGACUUACUUCGUUUUACUUUGGAAAUAGAAGAACAGGGUAUGUGAAAGCUUGAAAUAUAAAGACAGGAAAAUAAAAGAAGAAAAAUAUAUAUAAUAACUCAGUAAAAUAGACACUCUUGUGAAAUACAUUUUAAAAAUUCUCUUCAUAUAUAUAUAUAUAUAUAUAUAUAUAUAUGUAAUAUAUAUAUGUAAUCUUCAUGAAUAUAUAAGUAAUUUUACAAACACCUAUAUAGACUUACUUCGUUUUACUUUGGAAAUAGAAGAACAGGGUAUGUGAAAGCUUGAAAUAUAAAGACAGGAAAAUAAAAGAAGAAAGUUUUGACUAAGGACCUUCCUCAACAGACAGGACAAAUGAAAAGAUAGCAAGAAAUAGAAAGUACCCACCAAAAAAAAACAACUUAAGUGUUCACCAUAUUCAUGAUAUUGCUAGAAGUUUUGUUUUUCCAAACCAACGUUUCAGGAAGUAAAAAGAAUUUAAGCACUAUUGCUGUAAAAAAUAAUAUUUUAACGGACAGACAUAUUUGUUGAUAUGUCAAAUAUUUGUAUUAUUUAAAGUGGUCUUAUAAAGCGCUGUACCCCAGCCUAGGGCAAGGCUCACAGCACUUCACAUAAAGAUUAGCAGAAAGAAAAAAAAAAAAAGAAACAUGAAAUUAAAAAACAGUUACAUAAAAUUAUUCAUUUAAAAACGGCUAUGUAAAAAUAUUGACCUCACCCACCCAAAUGCUAUUUACUCCUUCAAGCCAUGGACGGCACCCAGCAGCAUCGAGCGUUGUUUAUCGGUCAGAGGGGGGUGAGAAUAAGUCAGAAUGGUAAUAAUAGAAAAUAUAAGAAACAAGAAAAAAGAAAUACAGGAAAUGGAGGAUCACUAGUAAUAUGAUAAUAUUUUGCAGAAAAGCUGAAUUAAUUUUUUCCCUAUCUAACUCUCACUGGUGAGUUAGUGCAGGAAAUCAGUGCAGUGAUGGAAACAUACCUUGUUCUACCAUUUCUUUCUGCUUGAAUGCAGAUCUUGAUUUAUUAUAGUUUUAUUUACAAUGUUUCUAAUCAUUAUGAUUAAAGAAACCUGCUGUCAGUAUACAUAUAGGGGAAAGCUUUAUUCAAGUCAUACCCAGUAAACUUAAAUGGAAAGUUGUUUGCUAAGGGUCUGUUUCAGUUGACAUCAGAUGUAGGCCUGCAGAUUACCUGGAUCUUUGAGCAACAGCAAUGACUAAUAAUACAGUAGCAAGUGAAUUAGAGAAAAAUGGAACAAGCUCCCGUGCACACUAAUGAAUUUUUUUUUUUUUUGCUCCUAAUUUUAAAAAGACCCACAAAUACUCCAUCUCAUUAGUACUUGUGGACACAGAUAGUUGCUAGUACUUGUGGAUCUAGAUAGUUGCUAGUACUUGUGGAAAAAGAUAGUUGCUAGUACUUGUGGAUGUAGAUAGUUGCUAGUACUUGUGGAAAUAUAUAGUUGUGCCUUUUUUAAUAAUAUUUAUUAUUUUCUCAUCAAAUGAUUCAAAUUUCAGGAAUGUAUUCGACUCAUGGGGUUAUGAUGUGACAGCCAACACAAUCUCUCUAUGAUGUGAUAGACAACACCAUCUCUUUAUAAUGUUACAGACAACACCUUUUCUUUAUUAUGUGACAGCCAUCACCAUCUCUUUAUGAUGUGACAGCCAACACCAUUACUUUAUGCUGUGACCGACAACAACAUCUCUUUAUGAUGUAACAGCCAAAGUCAUCUCUUUAUGAUGUGAGAGCCAAUGCAAUUUAUUUAUUAUUUGACAGACAACACCAUCUUUUUAUGAUGUGACAGCCAACACCAUUUUUUUAUGAUGUGACAUACAACAUAAUCUCUUUAUGAUGGGACAGCCAACACCAUCUCUUUGUGAUUUGAGAGACAACACCAUCUCUCUAUGAUGUGACAGCCAACACCAUCUCUCUAUCUUUCUCUCUCUGCUGCACAGUAAAAACGAUGUUACGGUGUAUUGUUCUUUCUCAAAAAGUUAAUGCAUCCUGUAAAUGUUUUGCAUAUUUUAACCUUGUUAUGCCCAAAACUUAUGUAAUUAUAAUAGGAUGACUUAAACCUGAAAUGAACCAUUAUAUAAUGAUGAGACUAUAUUUGACUUUGUUGGGCUUGCUGUGAUACUUGUUGCCACCAGAGAACAUGCAGCAUUCCUCUCACAUUGCCAUAACAAUUUCUUUUUGUUAUGCAUUAUAAAGUUAGUGGAACCAGAUGUUAUUUUUAUUUCAUAACAGAAACUUGAUUACUGCUGAUGUAAAGUUAUACCUGCAGGGUUAUAGUGGACUGCUUUCUUGUUACCAGCUCUAUACCUGCAGGGUUAUAUUGGACUGCUUUCUUGUUACCAUCUCUAUACCUGCAGGGUUAUAGUGUACUGCUUUCUUGUUACCAUCUCUAUACCUGCAGGGUUAUA